AUGUCCCACCACGCGCAAGUCGAAGAACUGUCCGACUCGGACCCUGAAGAAGUCGCCCCUUCUUUGGUCGUCAGGAGCUCCAAUGAUCCCAUUAUUUCUCCCGCCUCUAUUCCCUCGACCUCUUCGUCGAUACCUAUGAGACAGGCUCCAGUCCCGGAGCCUCAGCGCGAAAUCCCGAAACAUUACCAGUGUUUGUAUCCGGUGUACUUCGAUAAAUCGAGGACUCGCGCAGAGGGCCGCAAAGUGGGAUCUGAGCUCGCGGUCGAAAAUCCGCUGGCCCGGGAUAUUGUCGAUGCCGUGCAGAUGCUCGGGUUACAUGUGGGCUUUGAGCCAGAGAAGCUACACCCCAAGGACUGGGCGAACCCGGGGCGAGUGCGUGUGCAAUUGAAGAACGAGGAUGGACAACCGCUCAAUUCGCAGAUUAAGAACAAGCACCACCUAUAUAUCCUCGUUGCGCAGUAUCUCAAAGCUCAUCCGACUACCGACCAGUCGCCCUACCGCCUGCGCAUUCGAGGACUCCCAAUGCCCGAAAAGCUUCCCGACGCCCCUCCCCCCCCUCGUGGCUGGAAAAUUGGAAAGAUCUUGCCCAUCCACUCCCCCGCAUACAGUGGUGGUGGGGUCAGCGAUAACCCGUUGAAGGAUGCUAUGGCUGAAAUGCAGAGCAUGCAAGGAAUGCCCGGUAUGCCCCAAAUACCAGGAAUGCCUAACAUGGCGGGCAUGAUGGGAGAGCCAUCCGGAGGCAAUGAAAAGAAGAAGAAGAAGGAUAAGAAGAAGGGGAAGGCGUGA